AUGGCGCCCAAGCGGGGAAGAGGAAGGGGAGGGGGAGGAAGAGGCAGGGGAGGAAGAGGCAAGGGCAGGGAUGCCGGGCCAAAUUACCCAUCGCGUCUUCUCAAGGAGAUUGGCCUGCCGCUGGAUCUGAAUGAUCGCAAGAGGCGGCAUUCUCGCAAAUCCGGCAAGCCGGCGGAUGAGCCCGAUUCGGUUGCCAGCGAUUUGUACGAGUACCAAGAGGGUGUGCCGCAGGAGGAGUCCGGGAAGAACAGGCGGUUUGACCAGGUGGACAAGCUGGAGUACGAGCUUCCAUCGGAUUUCGAGGACGAGGAGAUCGAUGAAGGUGCUGCGUCUGGAGAGGAGAAUGUUGGAACUUUGGAUGAUAAAUCACUGGAAGAUGACGACGAUGAAGAUGACGAGGGAGACGAAGAAGAAGGAGAUCAGGAAGAACUCCAUGAUAGAAUGCUCAUGGAAGUCACUGGUAAAGCGAACCGACAUGCUAAGAAGGUCAAGGAAGAUAUCAGCUACAUGGAUGAUAAGAAUGAAGAAGUGCCAAUCACUGUUGAGGAUUUGCUGGCUCCACUCCAGGAAAAGCCUGGAUUUAAUGCGCUCAAGAAACGGGUUCGAUCACUGCAAAAGAGUGCGGCUCCGGUGUCGGUACCGCUGCCGAAAAAUAUUCAGGAGAAGAUCGAUAGACAAGCUGGCUACGAGAAAACUGUUGAGGACAUCAGCAAGUGGCAGCCGAUCGUGAAAAGGAAUCGUGAAGCCUCUACACUGAAGUUUAUUGACAAAGUAAACGUCGCCCUUUCAUCAACGACGUCGAUGGUCGCUGAUUUCAAGCCUUCGACAGCGUUUGAGAAGGAGGUGGCAGCUUUGCUAAAGGAAAACGGUGUGGCCGAUCCUUCUCAAAUUGAGGCCAAGGAAAGCCUCGAGCUUAACAAGCUAUCGGUUGAUGAAGUCAGGGAUCGUCAAGAGAGACUUGCUAAAAUGCGUAAUCUUCUAUUCCGUCACGAGGAGAGAGCCAAGAGAGUAAAAAAGAUCAAGUCCAAAACGUUUCAUCGGCUUGCGAGGAAAUCGCAGAAGACCAAAGCAGAUAUGUUGGCGGAUGAUCCUGACGUACAACUCGAGGAAACUAUGAAGCAGGAGUUGAAUCGUGCAAGGGAGCGCAUGACAUUGAAACACAAAAACACGUCUCGCUGGGCAAAAAGAAUUCUAAAGCGUGGCUUGCAGCAACACAAUGAGGGAACAAGAGAGGCUAUCACAGAGCAGCUCCGUGAGCACGCGUUGUUGACGAGAAAAAUUCAUUCUGCCAAGUCUGAGAGCAGUAGCAGUGACGAGGACGAGGAAGACGACAGUGAUAAGGAUGAUGAGCCGGGACUUGUGCUAGAAAAGCCUGGAUCAAGAGUGCUAGCCAAAGCCAAGGUCGCUACGUUGAAAGCACUGGAAGAAGGAACCAACGACACCGAGCUACCGACUACUGGUAUCUUUGCUCUUCCAUUCAUGGUCCGUGCGAUUGAGAAAAAGAGAAAAGAAGCAGAAGAUGAGGCCCGAGCAGUGUUAGAAGAACUUGAAUCUGCUGGAGCUGACGAUGCUGGUCCCAGCCAGGAAACUGGCCCAUUAAAAGGGAAACUGUCGUUUGGAGGCCACGCAGACAAGGUGUCCGCUAUGAAAGCUAUCGAUGAAGAAGAUGACAUGGUCGAGCGUGGAACCGAUAGUGAAAACUCAGAAGAUGAAUCUCCGUUGAUGGGAACGAAGAUGCUAUUAGUCACGAGGAAGGAGAAAAAGAGAAAAUCUGAUCCUGUUCCUGUCAAUGCCGUUGAUAUUGAGGAUGUUGAUCUAGAAGGAAUGGUUAGCGCUGCCGUGGAGCACACCACGAAAGUUGACGAACCAAUCACGAUAGCUGGAGACAAGAGCGAGAGGACGAAGAAGAAAAAGAAGAAGAAAAGCAAAAACAAGGAAUCGGCGACUAGACUUGAAGAUGCGAUGGGAGUGGAGGUGACAAAGCAUUCGGUUAUCAGUGCAAACCCGACAGUAUUCGGCACGGACGAAGUUGCGAGGCCAGAAACAAACAGCAAAAGCGUAGCAGACGAAAGUUUUAAGGUGGCGAUUGCGGGGCGGCCAAAGGAUACGAGUCACAAGCAGGACAAAAAAACUGUACCAGAGCAGGAAAACAGCGUGGAAGAACAAGAGGAAGAUCUCGAUUACGACGGUGACGAAGUCAUAGUUCCACGUAGUCAAGAGGAUCUGAUUCGAGAGGCUUUUGCUGGAGACGAUGUGGAGGCCGAGUUCCAAGAAGCAAAAGCGGCCGCAGUGGACGAAGAGUGUCCCCAAGAAGAACUCGAGAGAAUGGACUUACCAGGGUGGGGGCAGUGGACAGACAUCCAGAAGAAGAGAGGUCCUCCACAAUGGAUGCUAAAGCAACAGGAGGAGGCCAAGCGAAAGAAAGAAGAGGCCGAGAAGCGGAGACUGGAUGCAAAGCUCAAGCACGUCAUCAUCAGCCAGAAGACUGAUAAGAAGGCUGCAAAGUUCCUGUCGUCGUCGCUGCCAUUCCCCUACACAUCGAGAGAAGUUUUCGAGAAAACAAUGCGGAUGCCAUUGGGGCGUGAUUACAACCCAACCAAAGCUUUUCAGGACUUGACACGACCAUCUAUAAUCAAACGAGCGGGAGUGAUAAUCGAUCCAAUCGAGUACGAGGACGUCGGCAAGAGAAAACGCAAGCAAGAAAGUAACUCGCACGGAGCACGGGAUUCCAGGAAAGCGAAAACGCAAGCAAAGGAUGGGCGAUAGCGUCUCGAAUAACACAAGCAAAGGAUAGCAAGCAUCUCGAAAAGCUAUGGCAACAAUUUUUUUGAUCGAUCGAUUCCUUCUUUCGUGGAGGAAUUGUUUUGCCUUUGCUGCAAAGCUAGCUUCUUUGGAUAUCCGGGCAUAUGCAAAUAGCAUAUGCAAAGCCAUUGAGCUUAAUGCAUGCACGUCAUUUUCCAAGACGAUGGAUUCCUUCAUAUAAUAACGGACAAUUGAGAAUA